AUGACGAAAGCAUCAGCAGUCAUGGCCUACCUCGCCUGGUUCUCCAUCUCCUUCGGCGCCUUCAUCUUCCAAAUCUUCUGCCAAGACUACUACCAGGACCCCGUCCGGCAGUCCCAGCUCACAGCCGCCUUCCUCGACUGGCACUUCAUGGUACUAAACCCCUGCGCCACCGCCGCCAUCGCGCUCUCCUUCUUCGCGCAGUCGCACACCACGCUGUGGCUCCGAUCCCGCGGCGCGCUGAGCAUCGAAAGCCUCGCCACCCAAGCUAUCGUGUGCGCCGCGCUAGCGGCGUCGUGGUCCAAGCGGCUCGCCCCGACCGAGGACGCGUCCGAGGACCCGCACUGCCGCUUCAUCGCGUGGUACAACACGGGCGGGUGGGCCGUGUUCAACUGCCUACUCUGGAGCGCGGUGCAGGCCUACCUGCUCGUGCUGUCCGUCUUCGCCAUGUGCAUGGGUCCGCGGCGGCGCACGGCCGAGGAAAAGAAGCGCAAGAAGCGGAAUAAGCUGCAGAAGAAGCAGCAGCAAAAGGCCAAGUCGCGCAAGGAUAAGAAGCCGGACGAGACGACUCCGCUCCUGCCGCUGUUUCACUCGUCCGGGGAGAGCAGGCUGAGGAAGAAGAAGAAGAAGACGGAUGGUGGCGGGGAGAGGCGGCGGUUUAGGUCGUUUUUGGCCAAGUUUAAGUGGAGGAAGAAGCAGAAGAAGAGGAAGGCGGCGAGUCGGUGGAGGAGAGUGCUUGGGAGGGAGAGUAGUGUGUAA